UCGACAACACAACACCACCAACAACUCGCACGAAUGCCACGAGUUCUACGCAUUAAAACUGCUUGUUUUACUCAAUUUAGGACUGAAAUAAAGUGAAAUCUGUGUUAGCAUUUCACAGGGUAUUAAGCAGGACCACGACAUAGCACCAUAUCUUCUCUUCGGUCUAGAAACGAUUCCUUGAACUUUGAAGAAGAGUGUGCAGAGCUCAGCGAAUCAAAACUCGACAUUGAGAUCCAGGCCACUUGCAUAUAAAUAUAUAUUCAUUGCAUCAUCUCCGUCUCAAGUGUGCUGUUUUUGAUUCCUGAAUGGAUGAAACUGAAACUAACUUGUUGAGGGCUAUCUAGACUGCAGUAAAGACCUUCAAGAUUAUGAUAUCAGUGUUGUUAAGAGUAUCCUGCUUCUGGUCUUAAGAUGUCUAGAGCCUGAUCGUAAAAGUUCAACUACUCAAAACAAGAGAAGUCAUAUACUUUGGUUUCUACAGUGUCGUUAGAGAUAUUGGCAAAUGAGACUUGGAGGAAUUACCUGACGAAACAUCAUUCAUCAUCCUCUGGCAGGUUCUAGCAGGAAAAUACUGUCCUUCUGUGGACACCCGGACACCACAACCAUCUAAGGGAAAUGGUGCAGAGAGACGAUCACCGGAUGAUUCAUCCGGAUGAUCACAUCCGCCACAACGAUGAAACCUUCCAAUACCAAGGAACACUGCCUAUGGAACUGGUCACAAAGUUUGUUGAUGAGAACCAACCCCGAAUUGCAUUCUUGAAGGGUUUUAUUGCCGUGGGGAAAACUAGAACAAGCAAGGAGUUUGCACGUCUACUGGCCGAACGAUUUCGAGGACAGAGGAACAGAGCAAAGGUGCACACAUUUCUGUUUGAUUUAAGGCAUAAAUCUGUAGAGACCUUGCUUAGUGAUAUCCUUAGAGUCUUUAAAGACAAAGUACAAGGAUGGAAUUAUGGUAACAUAGAAAAUGUAGAUCAGCUCAGUAGUGCCUUUGAAAAGGAAACGGACCGGGUAUUCAUACUUGUGCUAGACAAUGUUGAUAGAGUACAUGACAAAGAACGGCCUAACAUUCUAGAGUUCGUUCAAGAAUUGGUGUCCGGAACGGGCAAUGUGCACCUGGUCGUAACUGGCAGAACUGAUGUGAGUCUAGUCAGAAAUCCUACCCAGGUCAUGAAGCAUCACAUGAAGCCGUUGGAGCAGAAGUACGCCAAGGAGUUGCUGAAGGAGACAUCGGGUAAUCCAGAGGGCUUUGACAAGUAUGCAGACAACAUUGUCGACCUGGUGGGCGGGUUACCAUUAGCUCUGAUGAUUGCAGGAAAUGAGAUGAAUAAAAAGUCCACCCAACUGCCAUACACACCAGAGGAGUUUGUAGCCCUCAUGACAGACUCUUUAUCUCUAUCCCUUGAUCUUGAGAAUGUCCCUACGGAAGAUAGAAUAAUCAGCAGGGUAACUGACAUUGUCAAGGAAAAUUGGACUGUGUUGAAGAAGUUGGUCAUUGCUUUGGACUACCCACAGAUGUUUGAUACGGAGGACUUAAAAGAAGCUAUGGUUGCUACAAGCGGCUCUUCUGUGUGUGAUUGGCAAAUCAAACGGACCUUGAUACUUGUGCUGAGAAGAUCGGUAUACGGGUUAAACGGAGAGAGCGGCAGUGCGGACAGUCUUGAAUCUGCACCUCUCCUGAUUGAAGUCUUGAAGGAAACGUUCUGCCAGAUGACCUGCAAGGAUGGCUUUCUCAAGGACUUCAACAAGUGUCUUAAGAACAUGCUCGAUGACACAAGCGAUCUGAUGCGGUCGGGAGCAAAAGAGCUUCGUCAAGCUGAACUUCACUUACUGAGGAAUCAGAAAGGUCCUAAGGUCACACCUCAGGAGGUACAAGAGCUGCGGACCAAUGUCAUCACGAAAGCUUAUGAGUUCCUAGGCACAGUGGAAGUCGAUGCUAAGAUGUGUACAAACUUUCAGACUCAAUGUAUUCAAAUUCAAAAUAAAUGGGAAAGGGAAGAAGCACACAAGGUCCCACCACGAGUCGGAAUUCAGGAGACUAGCCCUGAUCAGAAAGAACGGCCUGUAAUAUGUUGCAGAAGCCCUCUAAAAAUACCAUCUGAGGGCUUGAAGAAAGAUUUAGAAGCCUAUGUCUCCCCAACGACUCCACAGAACAUUGUACUACCCAGUAUGAAAGACAUAAACCAGGCAAAUGAUUCUUCAAAGACUACCAUGAUAGAAGCAGAGAAUGACAGUAGUUCAGAGGUUACCAAAACGGCUGAUGUAACAAAUCCACAGAAGGAAGAAAAUGGAGACAUAGAACAUGGAGACAUAGAACAUAGUGCGAGAGAAUCAAAAGGGUUAGAUGAAAUUACAUCAAACAGUACUGGUAACAAAACCCUCUACGGACAAGCUGUCAGUCAAGAUUCAUCAUGCGAUUGCAAAACGGUAGUCAAAGAAGAAAGCUCUACGUCAGAUGUCAAGGUGACUCAAGACAACAACAUGUCUACAGCCUUCAAGUCUCAACGUAAUGAUCACACAAAGAGCAUCCCUUCCAAUGUGUCUACAGAUGAUAGUAGCCUUUCAAUUGAUCUUUGCAAAACCUGUGACAAGUCCAUGUCUCUUGAUGCGCUAAGUCUACCUGGUUCCCUUCAUUCUCCUGACUGCCGGGAACCAACCCAGGAGAGUGUUUCUUCGCAGGUUACCUACUCUGCCUUGCCGACACUUCCUGACCACCAUGUCCUUACCAGUUCUCCAAAUCUAGAAAGGAAAGAAGGGGAUGAUCGACAACAUAUCGACAACAGCAUUUCUCCAACUGGGAUGUCAACAAAAGAAGCUGUGGAAUCAGAAUUUGAUUGGGAGCAUGGAGACAAUGAAGAAGUAGGAGAGUCAACAGAAGAAGCGAUUGCGGACAAGAAACCUUGCAAUGCAGUGACUCAGGCUGACAGAAAGAAAGAUCAUCCUAGAGGUGAGACAAAGCGUGAAGUUAGGAAGCCUCCGCAGCUGCCUGGAGUUCAGACAACCAUCGUGACCACCAGUACCACAGCCACAGAGACGACUACCACCAAAGGAACACCAGCUGAUGGUCCUCGGCAGUCUCAUCCCAAGAUUAGGAGAAACGAGACCAGGGGUCAAGGUAUCCUUGGGUCUACUCCAUCAUCAUCAUCAUCAUCAUCCUCAUCGUCGUCAUUGCAUUCUCCUGCUUACCCCCAAGAUCCCAGGUUCCCAGCUCAUUACAAUCCAGUACUAGACCAGAACACCUCCUUUCCACCACCGAUGGACAGAAGAUGUGUUUAUGGCAACCAAGGAGUACGAGAACAAUGCCAGAUGCUACCAGGUCCUAUUCUGCCACCAAAUGUCCAAGGGGGAAGCUACCAUGGUCCACCUUACAAGGGAGGUUCAGUCCCCUACAAUCAGUUUGGAAGAGAGUACAAUGAUCUCCAUUAUCAAGAAUCAUACUACAAUGGCUCGGACAAUACCCCUACAUCCCAAUUCACAAAGAACUCUGGAAAGUUCUCUCAGGCUCAUGAUCAUGAGCCAGCUUUCUUGAGUGAUGGAUCAUAUCCAUCUUCAGACUUUCAGCCACAAGGACCCAUGUACGGAUACCCUCAGACCAAUGGACCUCCUUUCCAAAGCCAUGUCUCUACUCCACCUCCGAGACUUCAGACACAGUCAUCUUCCAACAGUUUUUCUCAAGCAUGUGGGCCACCUCAUCAUAGCAAUGUUUCAUCUCCAACUUCAAGCUUUCUGCCCCAAGGACCCUCAUGCAAGUUCCCACAGGCUUAUGUGCCCCCUUUCCCCGACCAUGGCUCUACUAUACCUCCAAGCUUCCAGACACAGUCAUUCUCUGACGGAUUUUCUCAAGCUCGAGGACCACCCCUCAUGAGCAAUGUAUCGUCUCCUUCAUCAAGCUUUCGACCUCGGGGACCACCGUCAUUGAAUGCCCCAAGUCUCCCAGGCUCCUUGAGAACUAAUGGGUUUUAUACACCUCCAAGGCACAUGAAUGGCCCACCAAAUCGACCUUACCAAAGAGACUAUGGUCAUGAUCAACAUGGACAACAUCAACAGGGACAACAUCAACAGGGACAACAUCAACAGGGACAACAUCAACAGGGACAACAUCAACAGGGACAACAUCAACAGAGACAACAUCAACAGGGACAACAUCAACAGGGACAGUAUCAACAGGGACAACACCAACAGAGACAACAUCAGCAGGGACAACAUCAACAGAGACAACAUCAACAGGGACAACAUCAACAGGGACACCAUCAACAGGGACACCAUCAACAGGGACAACAUCAACAGGGACAGUAUCAACAACAACCUAGAUAUGGCUAUCAAAGAAAUUGUCAUUACUAUUAAAACAAAGACACAUUCAGAGCUGCCAACCAUUCCGUUUUUGCCGGAAUUCAUGUACUCCGUUUUUUCCUCCGA